AUGGUGGACGGAAGCAAGGUCGGCGCGAUGACGAGAUUCGUCGAGCUGCUCGCGACUAUAGGGUCGUUCUUGCUGGUGCUCGUUACGCUACCCUUCUCGCUGUGCUUCACGUUCAAGGUCGUGCAAGAAUACGAAAGAGCCGUUGUAUUCAGAAUGGGGCGACUGAAAGCCGGGGCUUACGGACCAGGGACAUUUUUCGUGAUGCCCUGCGUGGACAAUUGCGUGCGCGUUGACCUGAGGACCGUGUCGUUCGACGUUCCGCCGCAGGAAGUUCUCACCAAGGACUCCGUCACCGUCAGCGUCGACGCGGUCGUUUAUUAUCGCAUAAAGGAGCCAUUGAACGCUGUCAUCAAGAUAGCCAAUUACAGUCACUCUACUCGAUUACUGGCUGCCAGUACGCUCAGGACGGUGCUUGGAACGAGGAACUUAGCCGAGAUCCUCUCGGAACGCGAAACCAUCUCCCACACCAUGCAAGCUUCUCUCGACGAAGCUACGGAGCCCUGGGGUGUCAAGGUCGAACGCGUGGAAAUAAAGGACGUUAGACUUCCGGUGCAGCUGCAACGAGCGAUGGCCACGGAAGCAGAAGCCGCAAGGGAGGCUCGGGCCAAAGUGAUUGCAGCGGAAGGAGAAAUGCUGGCUUCUCGUGCCCUGAAAGAGGCCAGUGAUGUCAUUUCCAUGAGUCCAGCUGCUCUUCAGCUACGAUAUCUGCAAACGCUGAGCAGCAUAUCCGCGGAGAAGAACUCGACCAUCAUAUUUCCGUUACCUGUCGAAUUUCUCACUCCGUUCUUUACCAACAACUGUCACUCAAACGGCAGUCAAGAGGCCGUUCAAACGUCGUCGGAACAGCUAUGCACGAAGCAGUUGAAGGUUCAACCCGACAUCCACACGGAGGGCCCCGACGCGUCACAGUGA